AUGUAUGGUUAUAGCAUAAUUCAGGCAAAAAAGGUUUUACCAGUAUGUGGAGUGAUAGUAAAUAAAAAUUCCAUAAGAUUUUCAAAAUUUUUGUUUCCAACAAUAAACGAAGAAAUUAGCAAGAAAUGGCCUUAUUUUAAACGAAACAGUGAAUUAUUAUUCCAAAAAAGUACAAAUUCCUCUUUGUCAUUAUUGUCAAUAAAUAAGGGUAAAUUCUACAGUGAUUUGUACCAUAAAAAAAAUAGGUUUGGAGAUUUUCUAAGCAACAAUUACUCAAGAAUUUUUAAUGAUAAAGGGAAAAAAAAUGUAAAAUUUGGGAUUUCUGCUGGUUUAAUUUUAUUGUUAUUCUAUAUUUUAAUUGUAAUUAAGGAAAAAAAUGAAAAUGAAAAGUAUUUCAAAUCAGGGUUCAGUUCAAACAUAGCUACAAGGUAUAUAGUAAAUGUAAUUAAUGACCCAAAAAUCGAAGAUUCGCUUAAAAAAUUAUUUAAAAGAGUUCUAACCAGUUUAAUUAAGGAUGAUGAUUUUUCAAAGGACUGGAAAGUUGGGCUUAGACAAGUUAUUAAAGAAUUUGAAGAUGAAAUAGGUCAGAACUUGACUAACAUUCUUAAAACAAAAAUUGUUCAAGAUUGGUUGUAUUCUACUACAAAUGAGAUUGUAGAUUAUAUGAGUAAAACACCUGAAAUUAUUUCUAAAACUUCAUCUUUAUUUUCAGAUGCAUUUAAUCAUCAGAUUUUCACAGAAAAUUCGAAGAAAUGGUUAGAAGAAUUUAUUCAUAACUGUGUUAUAAAUAACAAAAAAAUUAUUAAUUCAAUAAAUCACCUCUUAAUACGGAUUUUUAAUACAAAAGAUAUUCAAAAUAAUUUAAGUGACUUAUUUAAAGAUGUUAUUCUAGAUGAUAGCACUCAAGAUUACAUUAGUUUAGCAUUUUGGAAUGUAAUAAGAAAAUCUCUUAUAUUCCCAAAAAAUUGGUUUAAUGGUAUCAAAAAUACUGAAAAUUCCACAAAAAAUAUUGACAAGUCCAAAAAAAAAGGCUGA